UUUCUCUCCAGUAAUGUUGCCCCGCAGCCUGCGUAUUCGUACUAUCCUGACGAGGAGUUCCAGCAUUUCUACCGCUGGACGUCUCCGCCGGGCAUCAUAAAGAUCAUGAGCGUCAUGUCAAUCAUCUUCUGCGUGGGCAUCUUCGUAUGCGUGGCCUCGACGCUGGCCUGGGAUACGGAUGCAGGAGCGGCUGGAUUCGGAGGUUCUUAUGGAGGAGGCUCAUACGGCAGCUACGGUGGAGGAGGCUCAUACGGCGGCUACGGUGGAGGUGGCUACGGAAUGGGUGGCUACGGAAUGGGUGGAUCCGGAGGUUACGGUUACGGCAUUCUCGGCUCUCAGAACGACCCCAGGCAGGGGAAGGGCUUCAUGAUCGCCAUGGCCAUCAUCACCUUCAUCAUUCUGCUGGUCAUCUUCAUCAUGAUCAUCUCGCACCAGAAAGUGGCUCAGGGAAGGAAGUUCUACCUGGCCGUCAUCAUCAUCAGCGCCAUCAUGGCUUUCCUCAUGUUAGUUGCCACCAUAGUCUAUCUGGUGACGGUUUACCCAAUGGCCCAGUCGUCCGGAUCGGUUCAGUUCAAUCAGGUUUACGCCAUGUGCGCC